ACAUACAGUUGUCAUAGCAAGCAGCUUCAAGUCGUUGUGUGGAGACUAAAGUAAUCUGUGCGCGUCGACAUUUUUCGACAUCUUAUACAUUUGUGUAUGUAUACACGAAAACGAGUGGCAACGAGAACAAGCAAAUCAGUAAAGCUCAUCGCUGGACCUUAUUAAAUAUAAAUUUACAAUGGCACGCUUGCAUACAUACACAAUAAUCACGCCAAAGAUCUAGGAUUAACUAUUUGAAUAACAAUUAACAAAUAUAAUUUGUCAUAAUGCAAUCAAAAUCAAAACGAAUUUCUUAGUGCCAGCGGGCGUGUCUGGUCUUGUUAAUGUUCGAGCUUUAUGGACCGUUUUAGCUUCAUGCACUAGAGAAUCAUGAAACAAACAACAAAGCAAGAAUAAUAGAUAAAGGCAAGGAUAGAGGAAUUUGACAAAAUAAACGUCAGGGAUCAUCGACUGGCACAUAUGUGUGCAUGCAGACAUCAGCAUGUGUUUUUUUUGAGUGUGUAUUUGCGUGUUUGUGUGAAGUAUAUAAGAAGCAAAUGAAAAAAUUCGAGUUCAGUUCGUUGUGAAAUCUCUAGAUGAGCGCAGCUUGAGUUACGCGGGUUUUUAUGUAGCCCAAUAAGGAAGAGGCGAGAAUCGAAUUGCACAAAUUCGGUGCGAUAAGAAUUUAAUAAAAUGGAUUACAAACCUUUAAACAUGAAAUUUGAACUGCCCAAAAGUCCAGCUUCCACACUGCACAAUGAUGGAAGCGAUGAUAAUGAUGAUAAUGGUGAUGUAGAGUAUAUGGGCACAAUAGUUUCACCUGCGGGCGAGCAGACACUUAUCGGCACCAAUCAGAAUCGGAGUCCAAAUCCGAAUCUGGCGACAAUGCCUUCCCUAUUGGUCACACCCCCACUCUCGCCCCUGGGUGCGCAACAGUCGAGUAUGCCCUUCCUAACAGCCAUGUUGUCGCAGAAUAACAGUGCGAACCUCACCCAGGGCUACGUGGUGCAUAUACCCUGCUAUCUGUGCAAGCGGCCAUUCAGCGAUAUCGAACUACUGCGUGAGCACCUGACCAUGCAUGCGCGCCAAUUGAAUAUACACCUACGUCCAGGUGCGACAGACGCACCCAAUCUCUAUACAUUUCCUCCAACCGCCACCAUUGAACCAAACAAUUUUAAUAAAAGUGUUCAGAAGGAGACACAACAACAGCAACGGGUGGAAACGGCGCAGGUCAGCUGCGAGGAUUGCGGGAAGCACUACAGCUCCAAAGCAUCCUUGAGGGCGCAUCAGCGUCAACAUCGGCUGCCCACUGAAAACAAUAAAAGAUGCUGGUCCAAAAGGCAAUACAGAUGCCAUAUAUGCCGCAAGAGCUACAAACGUGAAAGCUUCCUGCACAAGCACAGGCUCUACAAGCACAGCCAACAGCAGUACUCACAUGCGGAGGCAGAUCCAGCUGCAGCAGAAGCAAGUGCCGAACAGAAGCAACGUUGUGUCUGGACGACAAAGGUGUUUAAUGCCGUUGCGGCAGCCAAUUACAGUCCGGCCACAGAGACGGCAUCGAAGUAUCUGCCACCGACGCCCGCAGCAUCCGAGCCACUAAAUCCCAGCGGGAGAACUGUCCCAAAGCAAAAGUAUGCGCUGCGUUCCCCCUACUUCAAUCCCAAUCUCUGGGUGGACUACGAUGCUUAUAUAUAAUAGAAUGUCUAUAGCGUAAAUAUAUAUGUUGUGUACCUAAGUUAAUAUUAAAUAUUUAUGAAAAGGUGAAAUACGCGCAUAAGGUUAUCUCUAACAGCAUUUCUGAACAGCCCAGCUGCCGUACAUACAUAUCUAUAU